AAUCGGACAUGGGUAACGAUUAUGAGAUCUUUAAGAAGUCAGUCAGUGGUGAGUUACAAAGGCUCAGUAGGGCUCUUGAGAGGAUGACCGUAAGUAUGGAGAGUUUGAAAGUCUCACAGGCUUCUACUUCUACGAGAAUGGCUCAUCGAAUUCUUAACCCCGAUAGACCACAAGUCCGAGAACCUCAAGUUCGAGGUGAAGUUGAUGAUACAGAAGAUAAUGUCGGACAAGGGAGGGGGAGAGGAGAAGUUCAUGGAGGUAAUAGAACAGGCGUAGGGUGGAAUAGAGGUGGAGAUGCUAGGCUUGGCAGGAAUGAUGAUGACACCGAGACAUACCAAACCAACACAAUUGACGGUGACUUGCGCUCCAUAAAGAUGAAAGUUCCUGAAUUUAAAGGGAAUAACAAUGCUGAAGAAUACAUUGAAUGGGAGAGAAAAACUGAGCAAAUCUUUGAGUGUCAUAACUAUACCGAGGAGAAGAAGUCUCAUAUUGCCGCCGUUGAGUUCACGGGUUAUGCCUCUUUCUGGUGGGAUCAAUUGAAAUCCACUAGGAGGAAUAAGGGCUUAAGGGCAGUUCCACCAUGGGACUACUUGAAAGAGUUGAUGCGCCGAAGAUUUAUUCCUUCGCACUAUUAUAGGGAUUUGUACAACAGGUUGGCAAGACUGGUGCAAGGAGGAAAGAGUGUGGAAGAAUACCACAAGGAGAUGGAGAUGAUGAUGGCUAGGGCUCAUAUUGAGGAGGAUGAGCAAAUGUUGAUGUCCAGGUUUCUAGGUGGCCUUAACCACUACAUUGCUGAAGAACUUGACAUGUACCAAUACAAUACCAUGGAGGAUAUGGUUGAUAAAGCAAUGAAAAUAGAAAGGCGACACAAGGGCAGAAAUAAUCUUAAACUCACAUACAAGUCCUCAAACAGUGGUGGUGGAUUUCCAGGCUAUAGAAGUGGAGAAAAGAAAGAUUAUAAAAGCCCAAUCCAAGGGGGCAAAGAUUCGGUGGCCACUCACAAAGGACCUUCUCAAGAGAAUAACAAGGAACAGUCAGGUACUUCUAACUCUUCUAAACCUACUAGAGAGAUAAAAUGUUUUAAAUGUUUGGGAAAAGGACAUAUUGCAUCUCAAUGUCCUAAUAAAAGAGUUAUGAUAGCAACUGCUGAUGGGGGUGUAGUGUCUGAUUCUGAUCAUAGUGAUGAUGAGAUAGAUGCUAAUAUGACUGAAUUGAUUGAUGCUCAUAAUGACUGUGAUGAUUCGGAUGUGUUUGUUGAUAAUGUGUUGCUUGCUGAACGUGGUGAGAUGCUUGUUGCUAGGCGUGCUUUGAAUAUCCAGGUUAAGGAAGAAAGUCUAGAACAACGGGAAAACAUAUUUCACACUAGGUGUUUGGUUAAUGGAAAAGUGUGUACUCUCAUUAUUGAUGGGGGUAGUUGCACAAAUGUGGCUAGUGUAUAUAUGGUGGAGAAAUUGGGCUUGGCUUCCAUUAAACAUCCUAAGCCAUACAGAUUGCAAUGGUUGAAUGAUUGUGGUGAGGUUAAGGUUACACGCCAGGUGGUUAUACCAUUUUCCAUUGGUAGGUACAAGGAUGAGAUUUUGUGUGAUGUGGUACCUAUGCAGGCAAGCCAUAUGUUGUUACGUAGACCGUGGCAAUAUGAUAGAAAGGUGCAACAUGAUGGGUUCAAUAACAAGUACUCCUUCACUCAUGAAGGACAGAAGGUUAUACUCGCUCCUUUAUCACCUCAAGAGGUAUAUGCUGAUCAAAUAAAGAUGCUGGAGAGGGCGAGGGAGGCUUCGGGCAAAACAGACUUUUAUGUGAGAGCGAGAGAGGUUAAGAGGGCUAUUUCUUUAGGGCAGCCCGUGUUGCUUAUAAGAUAUAAAGAGAUUUUAUUUACUGACACUGAUAUUAACCUUUCUUGUUUGCCUUCUAGUUUUAAGUCUAUGAUGCAGGAAUUCACUGAUGUCUUUCCAGAUGAGCUACCUAGUGGAUUGCCACCGUUGAGGGGCAUCGAGCAUCAGAUAGAUUUCAUACCUGGUUCUAGCAUUCCAAAUAGACCAGCUUACCGAAGCAAUCCAAUGGAAACAAAGGAAAUGCAAAGGCAAAUUGACGAGCUUAUGGAGAAGGGACUGAAGGAUGGCUCUUGGCAAAUGUGUGUUGAUUGUAGAGCAGUUAACAAGAUCACAGUGAAGUACAGGCAUCCUAUACCUCGGCUAGAUGACAUGUUGGAUGAGCUUCAUGGUGCCAGGUACUUUACAAAAAUUGAUCUUAUGAGUGGAUAUCAUCAGAUUAGGAUGAAACCUGGUGAUGAAUGGAAAACUGCAUUUAAGACAAAGUAUGGUUUGUAUGAAUGGUUAGUUAUGCCUUUUGGUUUGUCCAAUGCACCUAGUACGUUUAUGAGGCUAAUGAAUCAUGUGUUGCGUGCAUACUUAGGAAAAUUUGUUGUUGUUUACUUUGAUGAUAUCUUGAUCUAUAGCAGGUCUCUCGACGAACAUAUUGAGCAUGUUAGGUUGGUUCUGCAGGUUUUGAGGAAAGAGAGCUUGUAUGCUAAACUUAAGAAGUGCACAUUUUGUAUAGAUAGACUUGUUUUCCUUGGUUUUGUUGUGAGUGCACAGGGAAUUGAGGUAGAUGAAGAGAAGGUGAAAGCUAUAAAGGAGUGGCCUAUUCCUAAAUCUAUUUCAGAUGUGAGGAGCUUUCAUGGCCUUGCAAGCUUUUACAGGAGGUUUGUGCGCGAUUUCUCUACGAUUGCAGCACCACUCACAGGAAUUAUUAAGAAGGAAGUUGGGUUCAAGUGGGGAGAGGAGCAACAGAAAGCUUUUGACUGCUUAAAAGAGAAGUUAACAUCCGCUCCUAUAUUAUCUUUACCUAACUUUGAUAAAACUUUUGAAAUUGAGUGUGAUGCUUCUGGUAUAGGUAUUGGGGCUGUGUUGAUGCAAGAGAAGAAACCAAUAGCCUAUUUCAGCGAGAAGUUGAGCGGAGCACAUCUCAAUUAUUCAACCUAUGAAAAGGAGUUGUAUGCCUUGGUGAGAGCAUUGGACAUGUGGCAACACUAUCUCCUGCCCAAGGAGUUUGUGAUACAUACGGAUCAUGAGUCCUUAAAACACUUGAAGGGACAAGGCAAGUUGAAUAAGAGGCAUGGUAAGUGGGUUGAGUUUAUUGAACAAUUUCCAUAUGUGAUUAAGUAUAAGCAUGGGAAAGACAAUGUGGUUGCAGAUGCCUUGUCUAGGAGGUAUGCUUUAAUUAAUAUUAUGAGUUCUAAAUUGCUUGAUUUUGAACAUGUUAAGGACUUGUACAUUAAUGAUGUUGAUUUCGGCAAUGUGUUUGUGGCUUGUGAGCAUGGAGCUUUUAACUCUUUUAAUAGGCAUGAUGGUUACUUGUUUAAGGGUAAGAAAUUGUGUGUGCCCAGAUGCUCUAUGUGUGAUUUGCUUGUGCUUGAAUCUCAUUGCGGGGGUUUGAUGGGGCAUUUUGGAGUACAUAAGACUUAUGACACCUUAUUUGAGCAUUUUUAUUGGCCCUCUAUGCGCAAAGACGUUGAGAAAGUGUGUGCUUCUUGUAUUGCAUGUAGACAGGCCAAGUCUAAGUCUAUGCCUCAUGGUCUUUAUAUGCCUUUACCUGUUCCUAAUUCACCUUGGAUGGAUAUUUCUAUGGACUUUGUGCUUGGCUUACCUAGGACUAGGCGUGGUAGAGAUAGCAUAUUUGUUGUUGUUGACAGCAUACAUUCUUCUACGGGGUUUUCUCCAUUUGAGCUUGUUUAUGGUUUUAACCCACUAACUGUACUUGAUCUUGUUCCUUUACCUUUACAUGAGCUUGCUAGCUUAGAUGGUACAAAAAAGGCAGAAUUGGUGAAGUCCUUGCAUGAGAAGGCUAGGUCUAACAUAGAGAAGAGGAACAAGGUGUAUGCUGACAGGGCAAAUAGGAGACGGAAGAAAGUGGUGUUUGUUCCUGGUGAUUGGGUUUGGGUGCACUUCCGAAAGGAACGAUUUCCAAAUCAGAGGAAGAAUAAGCUGGAUGCUCGUGGUGAUGGUCCAUUUCAAGUCUUAGAGCGAAUCAAUGACAAUGCUUAUAAAAUA